AUGGGGGCAGGAAGACAGGUCAGACUCCUGCUGUGGAAGAACUGGACAAUCCGCAGGAGGCAGAGGGUGCGUUUCUUCAUGGAGAUCAUGUGGCCUGUUAUGCUGUUCAUGGGACUAGUUUGGCUAAGAAAAGUGAAUCCACUCUACCGUCAACAUGAAUGCCACUUCCCCAACAAGGCCAUGCCCUCCACAGGGGUCCUGCCAUGGAUCCAGGGAAUCCUCUGUAAUGCCAACAACCCUUGUUUUCAAUACCCCACUCGUGGUGAAUCUCCUGGCCUGGUGUCCAACUACAACAACUCCAUAUUGGCUCGGUUCUACACAGAUGCCCAGGAGCUUCUUUUUAGUGACUCAGAGAAUCUGCCGUUUGGUCGUCUCUGGAGGGAACUGAAUGCCAUGAGUAACUUCAUGGACACCUUGCGCACCCAUCCUGAACAGGUCUCAGGUCGAGGAGUAAAGGUGGAGACUAUCCUGAAGGAUGAUGAGAUACUGACAUCAUACCUGCUGAGAGAUGUACCUUUGACAGAGUCUGUGGUGAAUCAUCUCGUCAAUGCUCAGAUCAGGCCUGAACAGUUUGCCUUUGGGGUUCCAGCCUUGCAUUUAAAGGACAUUGCCUGCAGCCUUAACCUGCUGGAGCGAUUCCUCAUCUUCCCAAGCCGCCGAGGGCUCUAUGCUGUCCACAAUGCCAUGUGCAUCCUUACCCCACAACGUCUGCAGAUCAUUGAGGACAAAUUGUAUGCCAACGUCGACUUUUUCAAGCUCUUCCGGCUGCUCCCUCGUGUGCUGGAUAAUUACUCUGAUGGCAUUAACAUUCACCUCUGGGUACGGGUCGUCUCUGACGCCACGGACAAACUGCGAGAGCUGCACCAGAGGAAUAGUUCCAGGGAGCUGCUCCAGGUCAUGACUCCUCUCUUCCAGAACAAUCCGUCCUUCAGGCAGGUGAUGGCCGCUGCCUCCAGCCUGGUAUGUGGCUACACUGAGGGCGCUUUCUCCAGAGUCACCUCCUUUAACUGGUAUGAGGACAAUAACUACAAAGCCUUCCUGGGCAUCAGCAGCGGCAGGGCACGGGGCCACUACACAUAUGACAACAGCACCACUCCUUUCUGCAAUGAUCUGAUGAAAGAACUGGAGUCCAACCCUGCCACCAGGAUUGUGUGGAACUCUGUCAAACCCAUGCUAAUGGGUCAGAUCCUCUACGCGCCUGACUCGCCGGCUGUCAGGCAGAUCAUACGAAAUGCAAACACUACAUUUGAGGAGCUGGAGAGGCUAAGGACGAUGGGGAAGGCCUGGGAGGAAGUGGCACCUCAGAUCUGGGCUUUUUUCCAAGACGGAGUUCAAGUCAGGAUGAUCCGGGACACCAUCCGCAAUCCAGCGGUGAUGGAUUUCAUUGACAGGACUCUAGAGGAGGCGCCGUUCUCCUCCAAACACAUCCUCAAUUUCCUGCACAACGGCCCACCGGAGGAACGUCCAGCCGACAUGCCUGAUUUUGACUGGCGAGACAUCUUCAACCUCACUGACCGGGUCAUUCGGAUGCUCAACCAAUAUGGGGACUGUGUGAUCCUGGAUAAGUUUGUGGCUGUGCCUGACGAGGACACCAUCACUCAUCGCGCCUUGGAACUGAUGGAGGACAGCAAAUUCUGGGCGGGCCUUGUUUUUGUAAAUAUGUACCCUUGGACCACCAAUGUCCCGCCUCAUGUUAAGUUCAAGAUCCGCAUGGAUAUUGAUGCAGUGGAGCGCACCAAUAAGGUCAAAGACAGGUAUUGGGACCCUGGCCCCAGAGCCGAUCCUAUGGAUGACCUUCGCUAUGUUUGGGGUGGCUUUGCUUACCUCCAGGACAUAAUAGAGCAUGGGAUCAUCAAGACUCACACUGGAAAGGAGUGGCCACUGGGUGUUUACCUACAGCAGAUGCCCUACCCUUGUUAUGUGGAUGAUCUCUUCAUGCUGACACUGAACCGCUGUUUCCCCAUCUUCAUGGUACUGGCCUGGGUCUACUCUGUGUCCAUGAUAGUCAAGAGUAUUGUCCUGGAGAAGGAACUCCGCCUGAAGGAGACCCUGAAGGCCACAGGGGUCACCAACGGCGUCAUCUGGUCCACCUGGUUUAUUGACAGCUUCCUCAUGAUGGGCACUAGCACUGCUCUCCUCACUGCCAUCAUUAUGGGAGGAAGGGUGCUGAACUACAGCAACGCUGUCAUCCUCUUCCUCUUUUUGCUCACCUUCACUACGGCUACCAUCAUGCAAUGCUUCCUCCUCAGUGUCUUCUUCAACCAGGCCAACCUGGCAGCGGCCUGCUGCGGCAUCAUUUACUUCACCCUCUACCUCCCGCACAUCUUCUGCUUUGCCUGGCAAGACCGCAUCACCAAGGACAUGAAGAUCCUGGGGAGUCUGCUGUCCCAAGUGGCUUUUGGCUUCGGGACGGAGUACCUGUCACGGUACGAAGAGCAGGGCCAGGGUCUGCAGUGGGACAACAUCCAGACAAGCCCUCUGGAGGGGGACGAGUUCUCCUUCCUCACCUCCAUUUGCAUGAUGGGCCUAGACACUAUACUGUAUGCUGUGCUGGCAUGGUACCUCGACAAUGUCUUUCCUGGACAGUAUGGAAUUAGUCGACCAUUUUACUUCCCCUUCCUGCCCUGUUAUUGGCUCAACAGUGUGGCUCCAGCUUCAGGUAGGUUAGAUUUGGAUAAAAAAGGCUUUGAUAACCUGGCAAACAAAGAGCAAGGAGAGCAGCAGAACAAAGAGGAGGAGGAAAACCAAGACCAGGAGAAACCCAAGACUCUGGAAGAGACAGCCUCGUGUGAACACCGCGAUCAGCGUGAGAGGCUGGAGAAGGGGAGUCAGCCAUUCUUUGAAGCAGAGCCAGCUGAUCUGGUGAAGGGUGUUUGUAUCCAGGACCUGGUCAAGGUGUUUGGCGGUAGCCCCACACCAGCUGUGGAUGGCCUUAGCAUCAGCUUUUAUGAGAGCCAGAUUACUGCCUUUCUGGGCCAGAAUGGGGCAGGGAAGACCACCACAAUGUCCAUCUUGACUGGUAUGUUCCCUCCCACGUCAGGGACGGCCACCAUCUAUGGCAAGGACAUCCGCACAGACAUGGACACCAUCCGUCUGUCUCUGGGGAUGUGUCCUCAACACAACAUUCUCUUUCAACAUAUGACUGUUGCAGAGCAUAUUCUCUUCUACUCGCUGCUGAAAGGCCGUCCAAUAGCGGAGGCUGAGGAGGAGGUGGAGAACAUGCUGCAGGAUCUGGGUCUUCCCCACAAGAGAGACGAAAUGACCCAGAACCUCUCAGGGGGCAUGCAGAGGAAGUUAUCAGUUGCUUUGGCGUUUGUUGGUGGGGCUAAGGUUGUGAUCCUGGAUGAGCCCACUUCCGGGGUGGACCCUUACUCCAGACGCUCCAUCUGGGACCUGCUGCUCAAAUACCGUGCAGGGCGCACUGUGAUCAUGUCCACCCACCACAUGGAUGAGGCCGACCUGCUGAGUGACAGGGUGGCUAUCAUCUCUCAGGGCCGCCUGUACUGCUGUGGUUCCCCCAUCUUCCUCAAGAACUGUUUUGGCGCUGGAUUCUACCUGACUCUUGUACGACGAAUGAAACAUGACACUCCAAAGGUGGGAACUUAAGAAAAUAGAGCCUUCUGUAUGUUUGUAGGCUUUAAAUAGUAAUGAUCCCUCUGUGAUUUGUAUGUAAAUGACCAGACCCCAGACAGACAGAUGGAUGGUAACAUGGAGGCCAUCACAGCCCUGGUCCAUCAUCAUGUGCCACAGGCUCGUCUCAUCGAGGCCAUAGGCCAGGAGCUGACAUAUCUGCUGCCCAACCGUAACUUCCAGCCCAGGGCCUACGCUAGCCUCUUUAGAGAGCUGGAGGAAACCCUGGUGGACAUUGGCCUCAGCAGCUUCGGGGUUUCUGACACAUCGCUGGAGGAGAUCUUCCUAAAGGUCACUGCUGAUGGGAAUGCAACCAACAGGAAAUGUAUACAAGAGACAGAUGGGGCCUUGCACACCAAUGGCCAGGGCCUGUGUGAUGACCCAGAAGGCAGUGCCGGCAGGGGAUCGUACCAGGUCAGAGGCCUGUGUCUGAUCAUCAAGCAGUUCUUCGCUCUGCUGAUCAAGAGGUUGCAUCACGCCACACGCUCCUACAAAGACUUCCUCGCCCAGAUUGUGCUGCCAGCAAGUUUUGUUUUCCUGGCACUGACAUUCACUCUGAUUGUUCCACCCUUCGGAGAGUAUCCAAGUCUGACUCUCAGUCCCUGGAUGUAUGGGAGACAGUACACCUUCUUCAGUAAUGAACGCCCUAUGGAUGCUCAGAUGAGAUACUUUGGUGAAGUGUUGCUGGACAAGCCUGGCUUUGGGACACGCUGCAUGGUGGAUGAACCACUAGAAGAUUUCCCAUGUAACAACAUCACCACAGAGUGGGAGAUGCCCCUGGUUAACCCAGUCCUGAUAGAAAUGCUGGCUGGCCCAGAAUGGACCUCCCUCAGACCGUCUCCAGACUGUCAGUGCAGCACACCCAGGAAACUCACCAUGCUCCCUGUGUGUCCUGAGGGGGCUGGAGGUCUGCCACCUCCACAGAGGAUCCAGUCAACAGGAGAUGUUCUCAUGGACCUAACAGGCAGGAACAUCUCAGACUACCUGGUGAAGACCUACCCCACCCUCAUCAGAACCAGCUUGAAGAGCAAAUAUUGGGUGAACGAACAAAGGUAUGGAGGUAUAUCAGUGGGAGGGCAGCUUCCUGUUUUAGUGCUGCAGCCAAGGACUAUCCAGGAUGUAGCAGCACAGCUGGGGCGACUGCUCAAUGUUACUGGGGGCAAACACUCCAAACAAACGCUGAAGGACAUAGGGACGUUCCUCAGGUACAUGGAGACUGAAAACAAUGUGAAGGUCUGGUACAACAAUAAGGGCUGGCAUGCCAUGGUUUCUUUCAUGAACGUGGCCAACAAUGCUAUCCUUCGUGCAAACUUGCCCAAAGGAGCAAACCUGGAUGAAUAUGGAAUCACUGCUAUCAAUCAUCCUCUGAACCUCACCAAAGAACAGCUCUCUGAGAUCACUGUCCUGACCACCUCAGUGGAUGCAUUGGUGGCCAUCUGUGUCAUCUUUGCCAUGUCCUUCGUUCCAGCCAGUUUCGUCCUCUAUCUAAUCCAGGAGAGGGUCACUCAGGCCAAACACCUGCAGUUUGUCAGUGGUGUCAGUCCGUUUGUCUACUGGACGGCCAACUUUCUCUGGGACAUGCUGAAUUACUCCAUCAGUGCAGCAAUGGUGGUGGAAAUUUUCAUCUUUUUUGAUAAGAAGUGCUACACCUCGCCAACCAACCUGCAACCACUUAUCAGCCUGCUAAUGCUCUAUGGUUGGUCUGUGACACCCAUGAUGUACCCAAUGUCCUUUAUAUUCAGUGUCCCCAGCACAGCCUACGUCUCUUUGUCAUGUAUCAACCUCUUCAUUGGCAUCAACAGCAGUGCCAUCACUUUCAUCCUGGACCUUUUUGAGAGCUCCACAGCUCUGUACAAACUCAACCAGCUGUUAAAGGCCAUACUGCUCAUCUUCCCCCAUUACUGCCUUGGCCGAGGUCUCAUAGACAUGGCCAUGAACCAGGCUGUGACUGAUAUUUACGCUCGCUUUGGUGAGGACUACAGUCCAGACCCCUACCGCUGGGAUUUUAUUGGGAAAAACCUAUUCUUCAUGGCUUUUGAGGGAUAUGUCUAUUUCAUCCUUAACAUUCUCUUCCAGUAUCGCUUCUUCUUGGAUCACUGGAUAUCAGAUUGCCCAAAGCCUCAUAUUUUGGAUGAAGAUGUAGAUGUGGCAGAGGAAAGAGAGCGGAUCUAUAGGAGUGAGAAAACAAAUGACAUUUUACGCAUACGAGACUUGUCUAAGACGUACACGGGAACAAUCCUCCCUGCAGUGGACCGAAUGUGUGUUGGAGUCUCACCUGGAGAGUGCUUUGGUCUGUUGGGGGUCAAUGGAGCAGGGAAGACCACAACGUUUAAGAUGUUGACUGGAGACACUGAAGUCACCUCAGGACAGGCCUCAGUUGCUGGUCACAGUGUUUUGACCAACAUCCUGGAUGUCCACCAGAACAUGGGAUACUGCCCACAGUUUGAUGCCAUAGAUGAGCUGCUGACAGGUAGAGAACAUCUACACCUCUAUGCCCGCCUCCGUGGAGUUCCAGAGGCUGAGAUCAGCAGGGUUGCAGAGUGGGCAAUCCACAAGCUGGGUCUGUCCGAGGACGCAGGUCGAAGUGCUGGGACCUACAGCGGAGGUAACAGGAGGAAACUCUCCACAGCCAUUGCCAUGAUAGGCUGCCCUGCAUUGGUGCUGCUGGAUGAGCCCACUACAGGUAUGGAUCCUCUCUCCAGACGCUUCCUGUGGAACUCCAUCAUGAGUGUUAUUCAGGACAGACGAGCUGUGGUCCUCACUUCACACAGUAUGGAGGAAUGUGAGGCAUUGUGUACCCGCUUAGCAAUUAUGGUUAAUGGAUCCUUUAAGUGUUUGGGAACUAUUCAGCAUCUCAAAUACAAGUACGGCGAUGGUUACGUGGUGACCAUGAAGAUCAGGGCAGCUAAGCCUGGUUGUGCGCCAGACUUGAACCCAGCCGAAGCAUUCAUGGAGAGCACCUUCCCUGGCUGCAUCCAGAGAGAGAAACACUACAACACUCUACAGUACAAGAUCUCCUCCUCCUCCCUGGCUAGGAUCUUUCAAAUGGUCCUGGCUAACAAAGACAAGCUCAACAUAGAGGACUACUCAGUGUCGCAGACCACUCUUGAUCAGGUUUUUGUGAAUUUCGCCAAGCAACAGUCAAGGGAGGAUGAUGCCAUUGUGCUGCACCCAAAAGCUGCUGGGGCACAGCGAUAUAUUGAUACCACACCCUUCACGUCUUUGGGGAAGAAGUGAACUUACCUCAAUGAGCUCAGCUGGAAUAGUUAUUUGGCUUCCAUUUCAGGGGUCGCCAUAUUUAAAAGAAUGCGGCCUGUGGAUGUCUGUGUGCUCCGGAGGCCUAAAAGCUUGAACCUCCUCUUCACAUGAGACAGUCUACAGAAGAUAGUGUCAUCAUGACGUCCCGUCCCUAGCCUCGUAGAGACAAGUGACUAGUGCAUGAUCAGUUUUGGGGUACUAAAAACACAGUGGAUGAACAGGUUAUGUCCUCCAAAACUGAGCAAAGUUGUUGAGUGCUUGUUGAUCCAUUGUGUGGUGAAAUGCAGUCUAUGAAGGAGGCAGCCGCUUUAAUGGGACUUGACAUUUGUCCUGUUUGACUGAUGAUUUGAUAUGUGGCAAUACUGCAGAUGCUCUACUUCGCUUUUUCUUAAACAGGGUUAGUGGGCUUUGAAUUCUGAAAGUGUGGAGCAUUUAUGUGCCUGCUGUAUGUUCCACGUUCUGCUCACCUUGUAGGCCUUGAAACAGAGCUUUAGAUUUAAGGACCAUGACUUUGAUUGAUGAUAUGUCAGAGAAGUUCAAUAUCAGGUUGCUAUGUGAGCUUGAUGAGAAUUGAGAAGAAAGCAUAGGCCCUGUGUAUUUUUUGCUUCAGAUGCCAAGCAAGUCUUUUUUUUGCCUUCUUUAGAUUUAUGAAAUGAACACUCAGAGAAGCCUAGUCUUAGCACUUUAUUGAUGCAGCUUUAAUUGAAGCAUCACAAUUUUUACCAAGAUGUUUGGCAAUCUGCUAAACAAAUCUGCUAGUGCAAUACAGCUGAUUAUUUUUUACAAAAUCUUGCUGCUAUGAAAUUAAUUUCGAUACAGUGUAAUAUUUUUAUGCCACCAAUGUCUCUUCAAUCUUUGCCCUUCAUCAUAAACAGUAUAUGUAAACUGUCUACAUUCCACCAGCACCUGGUGUCAUUAGAGAAAGCUUAAACAGUGUCACAAAAGUUUCUGA